AUGAGAUUCCCGUCCUUGAGCAGCCUUGCGGCGCUUAGCGCGUUGGCAUCGUCAUGCCUGGGGUUGGUCAUCCGCGAGACCAUUCCUCCAAACUCUGGCGUGGUGACAUUUGACAAACACUCUCUCUUUGUCCGCGGUGAAAGAGUCAUUCUCUAUGCCGGAGAGUAUCAUCCUUUUCGUCAGGCCGUGCCGGACCUCUGGCUCGACAUCUUCCAGAAGAUGAGAGCCAUGAGCUACACAACUGCUUCUUUUUACGUCGAUUGGUUCCUUCUUGAAGGAGAGCAAGGCGUGUUCCGUGCCGAUGGGGUCUUUGAUAUUGCCAACUUUAUCGACAUGGCCAAGCAGCUGGAAUCUAUCUCAUUGCUGUGGCGGCCCGGUCCAUACAUCAAUGGUGAGACGGCUGGUGGAGGGAUGCCUGGAUGGAUUCGAAGAGUGCCUGGCGCUCCCCGCACGAUGCAGCCCGACAACAAAGGUUUUCAGAAUGCUUCGCUGAACUAUUGGACGAACAUUUGCAAGAUUCUAGCCGACGGAAAAAUCGACAACGGCGGUCCUGUCAUUAUGGUCCAAAUUGAGAACGAAUAUGUCUUCACCAAUGGCUACACCUACCAGCCGGAAUACCUGCAAAAGUACGAAGACGUCUGUCGGCUAGCUGGGGUGGUGGUUCCAUUCUCCUACAACGACAUCACUCGGCCUGCAGCGGCCGGACAAUUCGCAUAUGGCAAAGGCGUUGGCAGUGUCGAAGUCUACGGCCAGGACUCCUACCCUCUUGGAUUCGGCUGCGGCGACCCCAGUUACUGGCCACCGCCGGGUUACGGUCUUGGCUUCCCCGAGAACUAUGCCACUUUGCAUGCUUACCAAGGCGGAGCUAUCGACGGUUGGGGUGGCUACGGCUACGACCAAUGCGCCAUCGUUGUCGAUGGCUCAGCCGAACGUCUGCUGUACUUGACUGCAGUCGAGUUUGUCACCACUGUGCAGAGCAUCUACAUGACGUACGGCGGGACCAACUGGGGCAACUUGGGCCAGCCGUAUGGGUAUACAUCUUACGACUACGGUGCGGCCAUUGCCGAGAAUCGCACCAUCACGAGGGAGAAGUAUGGCGCGGCCGCCGACUACACCAGCUACAAUCAGGUUUCCUAUAAUCUCACCGUCCCCACCUCUCUCGGAAACAUCACCUUCCCUCAAACGAUUCUGCAGCUCGUCUUGAACGGUCGCGACGCCAAGCUCCAUCACGUCGAUUACAGCAUCGGCAACAACGUAUCCAUUUGGUACUCGUCUCCCGACAUCUUCGCCUACAGCGCCGACCAGUCCGGCAAGAGCGUGCUUGUGGUUUACGGCGGGUAUGCCGCGAACAGCGAACCCCAGGAAUUGGCCUUUAUCAACACCAACCUCGCCAAGCCUACUGUGGUGGAAGCCAAUAACGUCACAUUCAGCAAGGUCAAAGAUCAUCCAGUCAUGUCUUGGACUGACUCGCCCACCCGAAGAGUGGUCAAUUAUGCCAAGGCGUUGGUGUACAUCCUCGACCGUGAUUCCGCCGUCAACUACUGGCGAAUCCAGCUUUCCAACAGCACUGCGCGACCAUAUACCAAUCCCAACGCUCCUUCAAUCAUCAUCACCGGUGGCCAACUCAUCCGGACGGCCAAAUUGAGCGGACGCAGCGUAUCAAUCAUGGGAGAUGUCAAACCCAUUGCGUUUGAGAUUAUCGCCGGCAUGCCCAAGAACUUGAUGGCAUUUGCCAAGACGUCGACCGGAACCAUCACCUUCAACGUUACGUACACCGCUCCCACCGUAUCGCUUCCCAACCUGAACACCCUUGACUGGAAGUACAUUGACGAUUUCCCGGAGCUGCAGCUCAGCUACGAUGAUUCCAAGUGGCCCAAGGCUAACAUUAUUCACUCGCCCAACGAUGAGUUUGAUCAGGGCACUCCGACCUCGCUCUCCGCCAGCGACUACGGAUUAAAUACUGAUUCGCUGAUCUACCGUGGCCACUUCAACGCCACCGGUAAUGAGACGUUUUUCGCCAUCGACACCGCCGGCGGUCUUGCCUUUCCCACCCAGUGCUUCUUCAAUGGCCACUACAUUGGUGGCAAUACUUCUUACUGGGCCGGCAACGCUUACGACAUUAAUCGCUCGGACAACUACUCGAUUGUCACUCCACUGAAGCCGGGUCCUGCUGUCAUCACCAUGCUCAUCGAUCACAUGGGCAUGGACGAACAGCCGCACGUGGGAAACGUCCAGUUCAAGCUCAUCCGUGGGAUCAGUCAUUACCAGCUCGACGGGCACAAUCAAUCAGACAUCACCUGGGUUCUGACCGGUAACUUGGGCGGCGAGAAGUACUAUGACAAGUCUCGCGGUCCUCUCAACGAAGGUGGUGUGUACGCCGAAAGGCACGGAUACCAUCUUCCCAAGGCGCCGACGAGCUCAUGGGCAUCCGGCAAGCCGACCGACGGGCUCACCCAGGUGGGCAAUCGCUUCUACUAUGCCACAUUCGACCUCGACCUCCCCGAGGGCUACGAUAUCCCGCUGAGUGUCGUGUUUUCCAACGGCGACAACGCAAACUCGUAUUACCGCGUGCGGAUGUUUAUCAAUGGAUGGAACUUUGGCAAAUAUGUGCCCAAUGUCGGACCGCAAACCAACUUUCCCGUUCCUGAGGGCAUCCUCAACUACCGCGGCACCAACUACAUUGCGCUCGGCCUGUGGGCGAUGAAUCCCGAUGGGGAUGCUCUGGGCUCCAUUGACCUGGUUGCUGGACAACCUAUCCAGUGGGGUUACAAGACUCCGGCGCUUGUGAAUGGGACAGACUAUGAGCCGAGAGCUGGCGUGUAUUAG